GGUCCCCUCCCUCGGCGCCCCGCCCCUGCGCUCUGGGCUUCGCGGGCGAGCUACUUUGGGACGAGGAAAGUGAGGGCGGCCCUGGCCCGGGGUGACAGCGCCGCGGCGCCAGUCCCGGGGAAGCCGCGCGUCUGCUCCACGCGCCCGCAGCCAGCGCACCGCGCAGACCCACCAUGGCCUCGACCACCACCUGCACCAGGUUCACCGACGAGUACCAGCUCUUCGAGGAGCUCGGAAAGGGGGCAUUCUCAGUGGUGAGAAGAUGCAUGAAAAUUCCUACCGGACAAGAGUAUGCUGCCAAAAUUAUCAACACCAAAAAGCUUUCUGCUAGGGAUCACCAGAAACUGGAAAGGGAAGCUAGAAUCUGCCGUCUUCUGAAGCACCCCAAUAUUGUAAGACUUCAUGACAGUAUAUCUGAAGAGGGCUUUCAUUACCUGGUGUUUGAUUUAGUUACUGGAGGAGAACUGUUUGAGGACAUCGUAGCAAGAGAAUAUUACAGUGAAGCUGAUGCCAGUCAUUGCAUUCAGCAGAUCCUGGAGGCUGUGCUACACUGCCAUCAGAUGGGCGUAGUCCAUCGGGACCUAAAGCCUGAGAAUUUGCUUUUAGCUAGCAAAUCCAAGGGAGCAGCUGUGAAACUGGCAGACUUUGGAUUAGCCAUUGAAGUCCAAGGAGACCAGCAGGCUUGGUUCGGUUUUGCUGGCACACCGGGAUAUCUUUCUCCAGAAGUUUUACGUAAAGAUCCUUAUGGAAAGCCAGUGGAUAUGUGGGCAUGUGGUGUCAUCCUCUACAUCCUACUGGUGGGGUAUCCACCCUUCUGGGAUGAAGACCAGCACAGACUCUAUCAGCAGAUCAAGGCUGGAGCAUAUGAUUUUCCAUCACCAGAAUGGGACACAGUGACUCCUGAAGCCAAAGACCUCAUCAACAAGAUGCUUACCAUCAAUCCUGCCAAACGUAUCACAGCUUCUGAGGCACUGAAGCACCCUUGGAUCUGUCAACGCUCUACUGUUGCCUCCAUGAUGCACAGGCAGGAGACUGUAGACUGCUUGAAGAAGUUUAAUGCUAGACGAAAACUGAAGGGUGCCAUCUUGACAACCAUGCUGGCUACAAGGAAUUUUUCAGCAGCCAAGAGUCUGUUGAAAAAACCUGAUGGAGUGAAGAAAAGGAAAUCCAGUUCGAGUGUUCAGAUGAUGAUAAACAACAAAGCCAACGUGGUAACCAGCCCCAAAGAAAAUAUCCCUACCCCGGCGCUGGAGCCCCAAACUACUGUAAUCCACAACCCUGAUGGAAACAAGGAGUCAACAGAGAGCUCAAAUACAACAAUUGAAGAUGAAGAUGUGAAAGCACGAAAGCAAGAGAUUAUCAAAGUCACUGAGCAACUGAUUGAAGCUAUCAACAAUGGGGACUUUGAAGCUUACACAAAAAUCUGUGACCCUGGCCUUACAGCCUUUGAACCUGAAGCUCUAGGCAACUUGGUGGAAGGCAUGGAUUUUCACCGCUUCUACUUUGAAAAUGCUUUGUCCAAAAGCAAUAAGCCCAUCCACACCAUCAUCCUGAACCCCCAUGUGCAUCUGGUGGGUGACGAUGCUGCCUGCAUAGCGUACAUUAGGCUCACACAGUACAUGGAUGGCAGUGGGAUGCCAAAGACGAUGCAGUCAGAAGAGACUCGGGUGUGGCACCGCCGGGAUGGGAAGUGGCAGAACGUUCAUUUUCAUCGCUCGGGGUCACCAACAGUACCCAUCAAGCCACCCUGUAUUCCAAAUGGGAAAGAAAACUUCUCAGGAGGCACCUCUUUGUGGCAUAACAUCUAAGGCCUGACAGCCAUUCACAUGCGGGUCUUUUAAUUCUCAAGAGUGCCACUUCCACGUUCUGUUUCCAAGGCACCUGGAAGGUGACCCUGGCCUGGCCUCUCCUCCUCUUCAUGCAUGUUUCUGAGUGCAUGAAGUUGUGAAGGUCCUACAUGUCAUGCAUAUGUGACACAUCACCUGAUCAUAUAUUCCUUCCUACACAUUGUUUACACUCCAACUACCAACCACCAGAUGAGAUGUUCAUGCAAACUUAAGUUACUGUUGGCAAACAAUGGGGGAAGGUCAUAUAAGAGAAUUCCACAAUAUUACAAGUUAAACCUCAUCAUCAAGUUUCUCUGUUUAUGCCAAUAUUUAAAUGACAACUAAAAUUAUUGUUCUCUGAGUGACAGUUUCUGAGAGCAAUGUAAAUUUUUUUUGGAACUUUUUGUCAUUAAUCUGUUUUGGCUUUUCUUUCUUUAAACAAAUAUAUAUAUAUACCUUGAGUUUCCUGGUGUGAUCCUGAUUGAAAUGGAUGCUUUUUCUCUGAAAACUUUGGUGUUGGAUAACUAAAGUGGAUAAGUGGAUGGUUAUGUGGGAAAAAAAUCACGUAUGAAUGUAGAAGCAAAAAAUUAUUGAAACCAUGUUGUUUGGGUCAAACUGUAAACUGGACAAACACAUCAUUUACCAGUUUGAUGGCUUUAGGAUAGACAUAAUGUUGAGUUUACUGAUUUUUUUUUUCUUUCUCCAAUCUCUAUUCUGUCUUCUUCAAUUUAUCCUUUGUUGUUUUUGUUUGCUUUCUUUUUCUGUUUUUCCAUUAUUUUCUGUUUUUACUUCUUCCCUUGGCUGGUAGUGUGGAAAAAAGUACUAGUGAAAUUUGUUUAGUGAAAGUAAAAUAAAAAUCAAGGUCUUGGGGGAGGGAGCUAAAACUAGUACUUUUGGUCAUCUUUAGGGCCCUCAAAAUUAUGUUAGACAAGCACAGAGUUAUAUUUAAGUAAACUUUUUUGUUUUAAUUCUACUCAAGCUCUACUUUGGACUUUAGGCACCCUAACUAUGCUGAAAGUAUUAGAAUUGCUGAAAUUUACACUAACAGCAAGUCAGCCCCUGCUCUAACUUUAUGGAUGGGACUGACUGGGGCAAUUGCCAGAAGACCAAGUGGAGAGCUAUCGGGUCUUUGUAGAAAUGCACUGUUUGUACCUUGUGGAAAGCGCCUCACUUCACUGUCUGGUUUCCUAAUGUUAGAGAACUUAGGAAUGUUUUCCAUUCCUAUAAGCCUUUUGAACUUGGUCUUUUUUAGCUUCCCUCUUGAGUCAGAGUAUCAUUAUCUUCUUCCCAGGAGCUAGGAUUUUCCAGUUUAAAACAAAAAGAAAAGGGAAAUGUUUCAGUUUUCUUUGUGCUUCUCAUUUCUUCUUUGUUGAUUUGAUUCCUGUGAGGCUUUUUCUCUGCCCUGAAAUGCUUUGUAAUGCAUGGAAUCCCCAUCAAUGUUGUUUUCACCAUAGUUACAGUCUGCAGAAGCCUAUUUUUAAAGCAAAAGCAAAAAAAAAAAAAAAAAAAUGAAAAUGAAAAAAAAAUCUUCCUCCUUUUUCUCAUUUCACCUUUCUAUGUUGAUUGCUAAUCACCUUAGAUAUUGUUGCUAGUGGAUAUAUGGUAGAUGGGUUGAAGCUUUUCUGAUAAUUAUUACAUGAUUUAAAACAAUAUAUAUUUAAAAUAAAUAUAUGCAGUAAAUGUAUUGAGCCAUGUUAUACUGCCAAUGAGAUCUGUGAAGAAGUAAUGGCCUCAUUUUCUCUUUUAAAUUUCAUUUCGUGAAGCGGCUAUAUGUGGCAUACAUGUAUUUAAAAAAUAUAGAGGUAGAAUGGGUUUUUUUCUUUUUAUAUUUUUAACUUAGCAUGUGGUGUUGAAGUAUUAUUGUAGAUCAAGUUUGUAUUCCACACUAAGACAUGAGGAAAUUGUGAUUUGUUCUCUCCACCACGACUGAAUUACACAUUUAUCAUCUAUCAUUUUGAAACACUGCAGUUUACCAUGGACACUGUAUAUAUUUCUUGCCAUAAUGGUAAAUGACUGAUUGAUAUAUUUAAGAGUUAAUAAAUUUGUGAUUUCUGCUGA